AAUUAUCUAUCGACCUGUCACAAAUUCGGGCGUGCCAAAACAAAUCUUCGUUAAAAAUUCUAAUUCGAUUCGGACCAAAUUAUGGAGUACGUCUUGUUCCUAUGUGUUCUGUCAACUCCUCUGGCCACAGUUGUGGAGGCGGCUCCUUCGUCUGCUCAUCCCCAAUUAUCCGGGGAUGUUCGUCCGGAUUUGCUAAUGGCAAGAGGUGGUGAACCGCCGGAGCAGAGCCCCUUCAGCAGGCCCGGAAUCUCCGCAGAAGGGAUUGUCCUGCGGCCCAAACAGUUUGAAGAGGAUGGCUUCGAUGACAACCCGGGUGGGGAUGAGUUUUUUUUUGGGUUCGACGAUGGCAGCAGCAGCGGCAAUUGCGAUGAUCUCCGCUACGGACCGACAACCCAGGCUGAAAAGGGCUCGCUGACUAGCAUCUGUCUUUACUGCGUUCCAAUCAGUCUUUUCAUUCAGCUUCUGCAUCUGGUGAUUUGUGUAAAAUAACAUUCAAGCUCUGAACAGAA